AUGGCUUAUCGCGCGCAACCGCAGCACGAUCCUUACCGUCCUCGUCCGGGCAACAAUGCCUACCCAGAUUACCCUCCCACCUCUAACAGUCUCGCGCCGGACUAUCCCCCUGCCCCUCCUGUUCAGCAGCCUCAUUCUACCGGCCAAGGUUACUACCAAAGCCCAGCGCAGACUUACAACUCUCAACAUGCCUGGGCCAACUCGCAGGCCCACCUCAAUCCGAGCUAUGAAAUGAGCCAGGUCGAUCUGCGCAAUACCCCUCCUGUCCCGUCCCUCGAUUACAGCCAGUAUCAACUGGAUUACCCGCCGAUGCAGCAGCUCAGGCCGGGCAUCGGCUGGUCCGCUGUCCGCGAGAAGCUGCUGAAACAACGCGCCGUGAAGCAGGUCGAGCUGCAGGAGGGCAAUCUCGUGCUGGACAUGCAGGCCCCCUCAUUCAUCGUUCCCAAGGGCAUGGACCAUGUCGAAGAGAUGACCAAAUUGCGGUACACGGCGGCCACUUGUGAUCCUGACGAUUUCAUGCUCAACAAGUAUUCUCUGAGGCCGUAUCUGUACAAGCGUCACACAGAACUGUUCAUUGUAAUGACCAUGUACAACGAAGACGAAAUUCUGUUUCUCCGCACUAUGAACGCCGCCCUCAAAAAUGUUGCACACCUCUGCUCUCGUACUCGUUCGAAGAUGUGGGGACCCGACGGCUGGAAGAAGGUCGUUGUAUGCGUCGUGUCCGAUGGUCGAAGCAAAGUCAACAAGCGCACUCUCCAAGUCUUGACCUUGAUGGGCUGUUACCAGGAAGGUGUGGCCAAGGAUACCGUUGGAGGCAAAGACGUCACGGCGCACAUCUUCGAAUUCACCUCAAAUGUGGUUGUAUCAGAGAAGGGUGAAGUCUCGACGGGGGCGUGCCCUGUACAAAUCAUAUUCUGCUUGAAGGAACAGAACAAGAAGAAACUGAACAGCCACCGGUGGUUCUUCAACGCUUUCGGUCCACUCAUCAAGCCAAAUGUCUGCGUGCUUUUGGACGUUGGUACCAAGCCGACUGGGACGUCCAUCUACGAUCUCUGGAAAUGCUUCGACAGGCAUUCUAACGUCGGCGGAGCAUGUGGGGAAAUUUGCGUCGAGAAAGGACGCGCUUGCUGGGAUAUCAUCAAAAGCCCGCUGGCAGCCUCACAGAAUUUUGAGUACAAGAUGUCCAACAUUCUCGACAAGCCGCUGGAGAGCGUCUUCGGCUACAUUAGCGUGCUGCCUGGUGCAUUCAGUGCAUACCGUUACAGGGCCUUGCAGAACGGCCCGGAUGGGAAGGGGCCGUUGGCCUCCUACUUCAGGGGUGAGACCAUGCAUGGUGGCUCGAGCGGCGCAGGGUUGUUUGAGCGGAACAUGUACCUUGCGGAGGACCGAAUUCUGUGCUUUGAGAUUGUAACGAAGAAGAGGGAGGCUUGGAUCCUGAAAUAUGUGAAGAGCGCGAAGGCGUCUACAGAUGUCCCCAAUACUGUCCCUGAAUUCAUCUCACAGCGCCGUCGCUGGUUGAAUGGCUCGCUUUUUGCCACGGUACAUUCUACUGUGUUCUUCUGGAGGAUUUGGACUUCGGGACAGAAUCCUUUCAGGAUGUUGCUUCUCCAGUUUGAGUUCAUCUACAACGCCGUUCAGCUCCUGUUCACCUGGAUAUCCUUGGCGAAUUUCUAUCUGACUUUCUACUUCUUGGUCGGUACCGCCACGUCCGGCAAUAGCACCGAGAAUGCCUUCUCUUGGAUCAGCAAGAGCGCGGGCGCUGCCGUUUUCGAGGUCUUCUUGAAGCUGUAUAUUGCUCUGAUCUUCGUGGUAACGGUGUGUUCGCUUGGCAAUCGGCCGCAGGGCUCGAAAUGGAUCUACGCAUUCUGCAUGCUACUCUUCGGCUUCUGUAAUGUUCUUACGCUGUGGUGUGCUGCGUAUACGGUGUAUGAAGCGGUCCCGCAUACCCUGUCUGGCUGGAAGGACUUCGACAACCUCAUUGAGACCAGCUCGACUUUCCGCGACAUCGUUAUUUCAUUGGCGGCAACAUAUGGAUGCUACUUCUUGUCGUCCUUCAUCUACCUGGAGCCGUGGCACAUGUUCACUUCCUUCAUCCAGUACAUGUUCUUGCUGCCUAGUUACGUCAAUAUCUUGAUGAUGUACGCCAUGUGCAACCUGCACGAUGUCACCUGGGGAACGAAGGGAGAUAAUGGCGCUGCUAAAGACCUAGGCGGUGCAAAGAAGGUGAAGAAUUCAAACGGCAAAGAGGUCCUGGAAGUCGAACUUCCCACCGCACGCGAAGACGUCGACCAACUGUGGAACGCAUCCCGCUACGCUCUUUCGGUGAAGCCUCCUGAGGAGAAGGAACACCGUGAUGCGGCCACGAAGCAGGCGGAUCACGAUCGCAACUUACGGACGAAUGUCGUUUUGUCCUGGAUUGCAACGAAUAUGGUGUUGAUCUUGGUGUUCACGUCGACUACCUUCCAGAACUGGGCCGAUAGCCUGCUCAGAGAGGAUGACACCUUCAACCCAUACCUCACGUUCCUGUUCUACUGCCUUGCGGGCCUUUCGGCCAUCCGUUUCCUUUGUUCUAUGAUGUAUCUAAUUCUCCGUUUCAUUGGAUUAUAGUGACAGAAUGUCCGACGCCAUUCAUCUUGUGCAACUUCUGGUUCCCCCCUGCCCUCCCUGAGCGCUGUCUUAAUCACUCGUAUGACGAGCGGUGUGCUUCUACCUUCGUGUACUACCAAUAUAU